GCUAUGGUUCUGCCAGUUCUGCCGGUAGAACUACCUUGAAAUAGUUCUUCCCACAACACUAACUUUUAUGCUAAAUACAGCUCGUCCAACUCGGAGACUACAUUGAAAAUUUGAACAGGGAUCGUAAAACGAUGCUUGAACGACGAUUUUAACUCUGGCAAGGCCUCACAAUCUGCGCUCCCCCGAAAUUAAAAAAGAUGCGUUCUCAUCAGGAUGUUAUAUCCCAGCAGCUGCAGUCAGAAAUAAAGGCAGAUGACUCAAUCAAAGUCGAUGUUAUCGAUGAGGUGGAUUUUGUCGCUUAUUACGAACAGAAUACUGGCCGUUUAGUAGUUGACCCCGAACAGGCGAAGGUCGAGUUUGGGGAGGUAAUGGCCUCUAGACUCAAGCUUAGCCCUGACGGGUUGAAGGUUCUCUGGCCUCAACCCGCUGAUGACCCGAACGACCCGCAAAAUUGGACAGAUUUCCGUAAGACUGUGCACCUGAUUAUCAUUACAAUGUCUGGAGUGGUACCUGACUUCGACGGUGGAAUUGGAAUCGCAUCGAUAUUUGGCCUCGCUCAAACUUAUGACACGACCUCGGGUGUCAUCAACGAUCUGACGUCAAACUGGGGCAUCUUCCUUCUGGGUUGGGGAGGCAUCUUCUGGGUCAUGCUCGUGAGACGGUAUGGUCGGUUGCCAGUACUCUUCUGGAGUCAGCUUUUUGCACUUGCAUUCUUGGUUGGUGCCACAUUGGCGCCGAAUCUAGCCACCUUCGCAGGGAUGCGAUGUUUGUCUGGAUUCUUUGGAACGUGUCCUCAGGUGACAGGUCUUUAUGUCGUGACGGAUAUCUUCCCCUUCCAUCUUCAAGCACGGAAGCUGAACAUCUGGACCUCGGGUUUUGUUAUAUCGCCUUUCUUAUCACCAUUUGUAUUUGGCUUCCUUGUAGCGCGUGCGAGCUGGAGAUGGGCCUAUGCUAUAGGAUCUAUCUACAACGCCAUCGUAUUACUUCUCAUUGCGUUUUUUAUGGAAGAAACUAUGUAUGAUCGUCACCUUGCAUCGAAGCCACUGCAAAUUUCUACGGGACUACGAUAUCGAUUUGAAACUUUGAUAGGCGUCACUGGGUACAAGAUGGCAAAAUACAGACCACGAUGGCCGGAAGUUCUAAUGGCAUCUUUGGAUGUCGCUUGGCGUCCUCAGUUUUUCUUCGUAGUUCUCUUUGAGGCAUUGGUCUUCGGGUUCUCGAUCGGUGUAAACACGACAAAUGUUGUUUUCAUGGGAUCUCCUCCUCCCGUCGGAUUUGGCUUCAGCCAAUAUGCCGUGGCUGGGGCGUAUGCGACUCCAAUUGUCGCCGUCCUUCUUGGCGAGUUCAUUGGACGUUACGUCAAUGAAUUCAUUAUGGACCUGCAUAUUCGCAAAAACGGUGGUUUCUUCGAGGCCGAGAGCCGCUUGUGGACCUGUUACUUAGCCAUGCCACUUUAUAUCUGUGGCUUUUUGAUGCUGGGCGCUGGGAUACAAAAUCUCAACAAAGCCGCUCUCAUCAUAGGCUGGGGCAUUGCAUUUGUUGCAAUCACCCUCAACACUGUUGCAGUGUACGCGUAUUGUAAUGACUGCUUCCCUCGCAGGGCAGGCGAAGUCAGUGCCCUCUUAAACUUUGCAAGAUCAGUGGGCGGUUUCGCAGUCGCAUAUUUCCAAGUCCCAUGGGCUACAAAAUCUGGAGCAUUGACGGUGUUCGGUGUUGAAACAGCGCUUGUGAUUGGCAUGUUUUUCAUCGCCGUUCCUAUGACACAACUGAAGGGGAGCUACUUCCGAGCACGUUUUGCCUUAUGAUUGGCACUUGACCGCUUCUCGAUUUCAUAACCAGAAGAAUCGUUUAGAGUCAGACAUAUAUGCCACUGCUUCCUUUGUUGUACAUCCAAAUAUUUACCAUAUACUUAAUAUUCAUAUCAACCCAUAGCACCUUUCAGCAGCUUUAAUAAUCCGCGGCAAAUCGCUUCAUCACAUACUCUUCCACCUAUUCCGUCACCAUUGACAUCAAUUCCCAUUUGUCACCUGGAAGGCAAACCAACUCACCGACACGGGU